GUCGUUGAAGCGGUUGGAGGUUGGAGCGGCUUCGUGACGGCGCGGACCGCGGCGACGAGGGGGAACGCUGGCGGGAAUGGGGCACCGCACGUUACACACGCGCGCGCGCUCUCUCACGCGUGCGUAGGCGCGUAUUAUCACGACCGGGUAAGCGGAGGGAGAGAACGUCAGAGAGAGAGAGAGAACGCCGUACCCGACAUACACGCACACUAGCGUGCACGUGCUGCUCGACCAGCAGCAGGGCCGAACACCGACGAUGAAAUCCCGUCACCCCCACGCGUAUAGAUUGUAACCUCCAAUUGCAAUAUAUAUCCGGAUCACGAUGUCAUCCGGGAUGCAAUGAGACGCGGAUAUUGUAAACAUAAGCGCAAUCCUUAUCAUGGCACCUGUUUCUGACAUCGACAAGCGUAUCACGAUGAUGUAACAUGGCAUCGAUACAUUUGCCACGUACAUAUAGCAUGCCAAAGCCCAUGCAGCGCACGUAAUACCAAGCAGACUAACGAUUUCUCAGAUAUACGACAAAACAAUGACCUCUCCGUCUCGCGGGAUCAAUCCCGGCUUCGUGGAAGCACACAAUACGCUGCUAAUCACGAAGGGCACGUUAAAAAUGGCGAUCUAUUGAAUCGUAAUUAGUCCGGAUAAUCAACAUUGUGGACGCAAUCAUAAUUGGAUGCAAUCAUAAUUGGACGCAAUCGGAUCGGAGAAUUCCUGUUUUCACGAACACGUCUCUUUCGCCAUCAGAGAGCCCCGCAGAUGUUACUUGAGGAAUACAAUUGUGGGUACCGGAUGUAAUACCGAUUCUCAAGAUGCUUCCCUCCGAUUGCGUUCUGGACAUAUCCAACGUGUUUCACUCCACCUCGGUGGUGAUCGAAGGAACCUGCCUCAACAAAUCCGAACCUACCGCGGUACUUAGAGAUGUAUCAGCCCGCGUUCACGGCGGAGAAGUCUUGGCUAUUCUAGGAUCGAAGGGCUCUGGCAAACGAGCGCUUCUCGAUGUUAUCGCUGGCAGAGCGGAGGGCGAGACGAGGGGGCGGGUUACCCUGAACGGCAACCUGUUGACGCCGGAGCUGUUCCGUCGUCACGGCGGUUACGUGGCUCACCGGUGUCACCUGCUGCCGAGUCUGACGGUUCGCCAGACCCUGAUGUACGCCACGUGGCUGGCGAAUCUGAACAAUCGCGAGGCCCGGGUGCGGCAGACCCUCGCCGAUCUGGCGCUCUCGCAGGUGGCGAACCGGACGGUGAACGAUCUCACCCGACCGGAAUAUCGGCGGCUGAUGCUGGGCGUGCAACUUGCCAAAGAUCCGACUCUGUUGCUGCUGGACGAGCCGACCUGGGACACCGACCCCCUCAACACGUAUCUCAUCGUCUCGAUGCUGUGGUCCUACGCGACCAGACGCGGCUCCAUCGUCGUCCUCACCAUGGAAACACCCAGAUCCGACGUGCUGCCGUUCGUCAGCCGCGUGACGUUGCUGUGCCUGGGCGCGGUGGUCUACUCGGGACCCACCAGAAGCAUGCUGGAUUAUUUCACCUACAUCGGCUUCCCGUGUCCGGAACUGGAGAAUCCCUUGAUGUAUUACCUGUGCUUGUCGACUGUCGAUCGCCGCUCCAGAGACCGCUUUCUGGAGUCCAAUCAGCAGAUAUCGGUCUUGGUCGAAAAGUUCAAGGUGGAUGGAGUGCUUUACAUGAAAGAAGGACCGCAAAUGCCGCACAAUAUGAAAGAUACAGCCCUCGGUAUGAUGCACAAGGGUUUAGGACGUGGAAUUAAGCCUGGAUGCUUCUCGACUCUUUUGGCGCUAUAUUUACGAAGUAUGGCAGCUACGUUCUCGUUCAAUAAGAUCGGCCUGGGACACUUCGCCGCUCGCCUGCUGUUACUGCCAUUCGUGGUUGCUCUAAUGAGCAUACUGUAUUCACAUUCAAGUCCCGUACAAUCAAGAAUUUUCUUGCAAACCGGUGGCCUGAUCUUCAACGUCCUGACGUUGUUUUACGUGGCCGGGAUAGCCACGACGUCACUUUUGUUUCCAGGUUUCCGCGCAAGGUAUUACCAAGAGAAGCGGGAGGGUCUUUACGGUGGCGCGAUGUUCCUGACCGCGUACACCAUGCUGAGCCUUCCACUGAGUUUCAUAUCGACGCUGAUAACGAUUGGGAUUCUGAUACCAAUUUUAGAGCUGGACCACACCUCGUGGGCGUACGCUUCCGGCAUUCUGUGGUCCAGCUACGUGGCGGCCGAGCAAGUGACGGUAGCCGUGCUGAUGGUGGUCGGCAGGCCCGUGAUCGGCGCCAUCACGGUGCUCUACAUGACCCUGUUAUCUCUGGUGGUUGCGUCGGGCGCGAUUCGUAGCCUGAAGAACUUGCCCUAUUGGCUGGCGAUGGCGACGACCGCGUUGCCGACGAGAUACGCAUCCCUGGCGCUGAAUCAGUUGGUCGUCGACACCCCCAUCCUGUCCAAUCUACACUACAACGAGAGCUUCACCUGUCCGGGCAUACCCGAGCUCUGCAGGUACCCCGACGGCAAGACUUAUCUGAUAGAGCGCUUCACUAGAGAGGGAGAGAACAUUUCCGAGGUGUUAAACGUGGAUCUGAAUCUACUUAUCUCUCUAGCGUUCGCCGUCGGUCUUAUUAUACUGAACAGCGUCUUGUAUCUAUUGCCGCUGCCGGCCAGAGUAAAGGCAAAAUUCAGAGAAUAAUGGAUCGUUAAAUAUAUUAAAUUCGCAUUUAAUAUGAUCGUCGCAUUCAACGUUAAACAAAAUUCGAAUUCUCGCCUACUACAUAUAGUAUCACACUUAUUUAAAUUAAACUCUUUGUGUAUAUAAAAUUGUAAAUAACAUAGAAUUAGGAAUAUCGAUCAAAGAAAAAGGGAAAGCAUAUCAAAAAUAUUAAAAACUUUUAUUUAGAUAUAAGCUAUGUUAUAAAAUAAUUUUCUUUAUCAUAAUGCUAAUUAGAAUUAGUUUAUGUAACGUGAUUUCGCUUAUUUGCAAUAGCAAAGUACAUAUCAUAAAUCGUUUUGAUGAUUUACAACAAAUAAGAAUAUAUGUACAUUUAAAAAAGAA